AUGGAGAGAUUUUUUUCUAAAGCUCCUAAAAGUUUCAACUCAAAUAUUGAAACAUCUGGUGCAAAAGACAUGAUCGACAAUUAUAAUGAAAAGAACAAUAGAGCACGAGAAGUUGAUAUUUCAGAUGAUGAUAUUAUUGUGGAUCCUGGAUUGCGUAAAUCGAUUGACAGUUAUCCUGUUGGACUUAGAGAUGAAUUGAGAAGAAAAUAUUUGGUUAAGGGUCCUUGUCAGCCUCGCGGUCAUAAUUUUCCCGCUACAAAGUUUGGUGAGAUUCGGAGAUCAUUUCAAGAUCAGUGGUUCAAAACAUAUGAUUGGUUAGAGUACAGUGUAUCUAAAGAUGCUGCAUAUUGUUUAUGGUGCUAUUUGUUUUCUAAUGGGCAUAAGCAUGGAGAUACUGCAUUUACUGAAAUUGAUCAAAGAAGCAAUGUGGAUUAUGUUAUGAUGCAAAAAAGUUCUGAAAUGGAGGAUACUUAUCGGAUUCGAUUGACCGCAGUUGUAAAAGUGAUUCGAUAUAUUUUAAAGCAGGGCUUAGCUUUCCGUGGCCAUGAUGAGUCAACACAAUCCAUAUGCCGUGGAAAUUUUCUUGAGCUUUAUAAGUGGUAUGGUGAUAACAAUGACAAAGUUGGAAAGGUAAUUGAUAUAAAUGCUCCAGGAAAUAACCAAUUGACGUCUCCAUAUAUUCAAAAACAAAUUAUCAAUGCUUGUAGUUCAGAAGUGAGGAGUUUUAUUUUGGCAGAGAUUGAGGAUAAAUGGUUUUCUCUUUUGAUUGAUGAGGCUCGAGAUAGUUCUAUCAAGGAACAAAUGUCUUUAAAUGUUACUGACACUUCAAAAUCUUUGAAAAAUUCUAUUGAUGAAUUUCUUGCAAUAAAUGGAUUAUCACUAUCAAUGGUUAGAGGUCAAGGUUAUGAUGAGACUUCUAAUAUGCGUGGACAGUUUAACGGGCUUAAAGCCCUCAUUUUGAAAGAAAAUGAAAAUGCAUAUUAUGUUCAUUGUUUAGCGCAUCAACUUCAAUUAGUUAUUAUUUCUAGUGUCAGUCAGAAUGGGCUCGUAAGCAAUUUUUUUGAAUAUCUCUCUAUGAUUGUAAAUAUUGUUGGAGCUUCGUGUAAAAGGAGAGAUGAAUUGAGACAACGACAAUUUGAUGAUCUUGCAAGACAUGUAGAAUUGGGUGAUAUUGCUACAAGAAAGGGAAUGAAUCAAUCAAGAAAUGAGUUUGGCUCGAGCCGGUGA